AGGCGGGGCAAGAUGGCGGCUGCCUCGCAACCCCCGCCGCCGCCACCGCCGCCGCCCAACCAACCGCCAGUCUCCACCAGGGUGCGGUUGGUAGACAUCAACUCACUGAUCACGUGCUUCUUGUGUGACGGAUACUUGAUCGAUGCGACCACCUUAGUGGAGUGUCUUCACUCGUUUUGCAAGAGUUGCAUCAUCAAGUACUUAGAAAACAACAGUUUUUGUCCCGUUUGUGAAGUCCAGAUUCAUAAAGCUCAGCCACAAAAAUGCCUCCGGCAAGACAAGACUUUACAAAACAUUGUAUUCAAACUAGUACCAGCCUUGUAUCAAGACGAAAUGGAGAGGCGUCGCAAUUUUUACAAGCAACACCCUGAGUAUGAUCUUCCACCCAAACCAGAAGACAGAGGCAUGGAACUUGAGAGGAUGAUAUUUUCGCCCAAGGAGAGUAUUAGCAUCUCCCUGCAAUACUUCAAUCCAGAACGCGAUGAUUCUGACAGGAACAGUGUGUCCAGUAACGGAUCCGGAUGGGGACCUGACUCGCCUCCAGGCGGGCCGGGGGGCCCUGGUGGGUCCAGUGGGCCCGGAGGCGCAGGGCCAUCCGGAGGAGCGGGGCCCUCGGGCGGGCCUUCCCCGGGCCCCUCGAGCAGCGGGGGCUACUACGCCUCGGGCUCCAACUCGGAGGCAAGCCCGGGACCGGGACCGGGACCGGGCCCGGGCCCCAGCACCAGCGCCGGCGCCGGCGCCAAUCCCGGCGCCAACCCUGGCGCCAACCCUGGCGCCAACCCCACUCCCAGCACCUCGUCAGGCGCCAGCUCGAGUUCUAACUCCGGACCCGGCGACAACCCGUGCAGCAAGCACUCUCGUUUUCUCCUCUGCCCGUCGCUUGUGACGGUCAACAUUCUCAAGAAGUUUCUCCGCCUCAAAUUCGAGCUUCCGGAGACGCAUGAUGUGGAAAUGCUGCACAAACGUGAAGUACUCUCCAAUGAACUGACUCUUAUGGACAUCGCAUAUAUCUAUACAUGGAAAAGGAACAGUCCCAUGGCACUCCACUACAGGUUCUACGACGUGGAUAGCAUCCCUGAAGAGAACGUGCCCUAUCUCCGGCCGAUGUUCCCGGCAUACUACCACCCGCCCAGACUUCAUACUCAAGGACCGUCCGUACCCGGACCUUCCUUUCUUCGAACGCGAUUGCGGCUGCCUGGAUUUGUAGCCGUAAGAUUAGUCAAUCCUGCGCGAGUUGAAGCCGAUGACAACGCACAGGGUUCAGCAGAUAACGAGAAUGUUGCGGAUCGCAGUAUUCGAGACGUUGAAAAUAAUUUGGACUCUCGCAAAAAUGCUAAAGAUGCUAAGAAAAAUGCUUCCAAAGAGGAUACCAAAGAAGUUGAGAAGAAUCAAGCUCCUGGCUCAAAAGGGAAGUACAGUGCUGGAUGCAUUGUUAAGAAAGGCAAAAAGGCAGAAAAAAGUCACAACUCUCGUCAGGAAAGCAUAAAACCUAAUCCUCCAAAGAAACCAGAAUGUGUGACAUCUAGUGUAGAAUCGUCUACGGAAGUUAAUCAGGCCUCGAGCACAGUAGAGACUCCAGAUUCUCAAAGUGUAGCAACUUCCACAUCAUCCCAAACUGAAACCUCUGUUGAAUUACCUGUUUCCAGUACAAAGAAACAAAAUGAAAAAGUCUGCAAGAUUGAAAAGUCUAAAGAGUGUUCCAAGGUGGACUCUCGAGUAAACUCUCAUGCAAAUGUGGUAGAUGGAGAGUGGUCUGAUUCAAGAAUGUCUGAGAGUUGCAAGGCUUCAAAAGCGGACUCGCAAGCGGAAACCCAUCUUAUUGAUGACCAAUGGAGUGAUACAGGAGCGGUUGCUGGGCGAGAAAUUCGAGACAAGACGAAAAGAGAAGCCAGUGAAAAGGUGAAAGCACUUUUGAGGGAAAAAAUUAAAGCGCAUUCACGAGACAGAGAGCAUCCCAUGAGGGAGGACAUCGAGCUUAGUACUCAAGCAGAUGCAAGAGCAAGUCCGGAUGAUGGAACGCCUAUUAGCGAGGCAGAUAUUGUCAUUAAUACCUCCCAGGUAACUGAGAUACCUAGUGGCGAGUUACGAAUCGACGAAGAACCAAGGGACACAGAACCUACAAGUAGCAACUGCACAAAGAUCGUUGCCGCAGCAGACGCGGGCAAGGUCGUUGCUGCCGCAGACACUACAGGAAGUCCAAACGCGUCUUCCGCUAAUUCGCCGACGGAUUCCUUGGAUGGAGCUGACAUCUCUCCGGAUACAAACAAGGCGAACAUGCUCGCCCCGGCAGCAAACACGAGCGACGUGAGCACGCCUAGAGCUGCCACUUGCGAACGUAAAGACAAGGAACCGGAACGACCGCGUAUCAGCAUCGGUCUCUUAGCAUCUCUGGCUCUGGAAAGGCGACCCGGCAGCGCGCCGGCCACGCCCUUGCGCAAAAGGCCAGCGGCUGAGCCGCACGCUCUGCCGCGCUCGCCCUCCGUCGCCACCUCCGCCGCCACGACUGACGAGAAACGCGUGCGCUUGGCGCACCGCCCGGCAGAAACGUCCAUGCCUGGCCUCCUCAACAUCGCUUCCAACCCUCCACCUCGCCCGGCAGUAACGCGCAUCACGCCCCACACGCCUGCCGGCUCGGGCGCCGGCGCCGGCGUCGGCAUCGGCACCGGCUCCGACGUCAGGACCUCGCCCGCCCGAGAAGAAAAGCGCGCCUUUCAACCACCUUUACCGAGGGAUAGCUCCGCUUACAUCUCCCACCGCCCUUACAAGCGAGACUACACUGGCUCUCGCGUCACCGAUCGCGGUGCGUACACGACAGUCGCAGGCCGUGCAAAGAGCCCGACAGUGUAUCCUUUGGGCCAUAAUCGUCCACCGACGCCAGCGCCGCACCGACAAGGUUCCUCUUCACCUCCGAGGGCGACGCCACUCUACCACAUGUCGAGCAUGUCAAACAUGCCAACCAUGACGAGCAACAAGCUGUCGUCCAUCCCUCGCCUGAUUCAGAUCCAGCCGCAAGGCCUGGGAAGCAGGGCGCCGCCGGCAGAGAAAAAGCCGCGCGUGUCCGCUCCAAGCGCUCGGCGUCGCAGAGCGGAAAGCUCCGCCACACCUCAGCAAACCCAGCGCACAGACGGCUUCGGGGCGCUCGACCUGUCGGCGAGCACGCGCACGUCACGCCAGCCCCCUGUCGCGGACAUCGCUACGAUCGCACAGAACUUGGCGCGGCGCCAGAUUCUGCAGCACGCAGCCGCGGCGGCGGCCGCGGCGGGCGUC